CUGGACCUGUAGCUGAUUGUUUACUGUAUAUGGAGAUGAUAUUCAGCUGUUUCCUUCAGACACAACCUCUCUCUGUCGGAGGAUAGAAAACAGCAGAUGAUUACAUUUCUAAUUCUUCAGAUUUGCAUCGUGUCAGAGUUCUGCUCUUCUCCUUCAGACUUUGCGCAGUUUAGCUUUUACAUUUCUACAUUUAAUCCUUUUUACUGAAUGAGACUGAAGGAAAGAAGUUCUUCUGUUUUUGGAUCUUUGCACCUGAAGCUUUUCUGCAGCAACUCUUCGACAACCAUGAAGAUCUCCAUCAUUGCCGGUGUGCUGCUGCUUUCUGCUGCCGUGAUCUCUCUGGAUUUUGUGAGAGAAGAAAAAACUCUGGCUGCAAAGUUUAUAAAUCAGCAUAUCAACGAGGAGAUGAACAGUAACAACUGCACCAAGGUGAUUAAUGACAGAGGAAUCACGGACUACAACGGCAACUGUAAGCCGAUGAAUACCUUCAUCGGGGCGCCUAUCGGAACCGUCAGAGGCAUCUGUGGGACUGGAGGACAGAAAUACUUUAAUAAAAAGAAACCUGGCAUUCGCAAUCUCAGAAAAAGCCGAGCACCCUUUAACAUUGUUGUCUGCAGACUGAAGGAUGCUACUGUCGCUCCUUGUGAGUACGAAGGUGCAGCUUAUAACAGGCACAUUGUAGUCGCAUGCGAUGUUAAAGGAGAUCCUGUUCACUUUGAUAGGUUUCUGUCUUAUUAACCAGCUGAUGAAUCAGUGGACCUUGGGUCUCUUGUUGAAUAAAACCCAGCUGACAGUUUA